GUAUCGGUCAAAUGUUCCGAUCACCCUCCGUCCUGCGGCCUGAAUGCCUUAUGCAAGAACAAUGAGAGAAGUUUCUCCUGCAAGUGUGAAUCUGGCUACAGAUCUUCCAAAGGAGACUCCUGGCUGCCCAGAAGCGUCGCUCCUCUGGACUGCUCAGAUAUUAAUGAAUGUUCCCGAGACCCAUCGCCCUGCGGCCCCAACUCCAUCUGCACCAACACGCUGGGCAGUUACACCUGCACAUGCCAACCAGGCUACCUCCCACCCACCCAGCCUGGCGCCCUCUUCAGCUGCACAGAUAUUGACGAAUGUUCCCAAGACCCAUCACUCUGCAGCCCCAACUCCAUCUGCACCAACACACCAGGCAAUUACACCUGCAUGUGCCAGGCAGGCUACCUCCCGCCCAGCCAGCCUGGCGCCCCCUUCAGCUGCACAGAUAUUGACGAAUGUUCCCGAGACCCAUCUCCCUGCGGCCCCAACUCCAUCUGCACCAACACACUGGGCAGUUACACCUGCAUGUGCCGACCAGGGUACCUCCGGCCCAGCCAGCCUGUUGUCCCCUUGAUCUGCACAGAGGUCACUUCAAAGUGCCGGGCCCAUUUCUCGGAAGAGAACAAUCUGGUGAGGAAAUUCCAGAACGAGAGUCUGCACACAGGUCACGGCUCAUCCCCAGAGGAUGCUGCCUACUGCACUUUACUGAAAUCCACCUUCAGGGCCUUGGGAGAGCCCUGCGAAGAGGAGAACUCAACCGUCUGUCUGGAGAAAGCCGCUGGGGGAUUUGCCUCAUCCUCCUGGUCCAACCUGAGCAUGGAGCAGCUCUCCGUCUCGGCCACCAUCAUCUUGCACAGUGUGGAGAAGAUUGUGAUGGACGUUGUCACCAACCCCACCAAGAACGGGAACCUGACCUUCCAGACAAAGCAGCUGGAUGUCCAGACCAAAGUCAUCAGGGACGGCUGCAGCAGGGAGGACUCUGUCGUCAGCCUGGGAGCCAAAGAGGAGAGCAUGGAGAUUAGCUGCAAAACGGUUCAGGGAUCAACGGCACAAGGCACGGCCGGAGUGGCGUUUGCCUCCUACACAGGCAUGGAAACCAUCAUGAACGGCAGCUUCUUCCACGAAGAGAAUGCCAUCUCUGGCCACUUUGUCCGGAUGAUUUCCAGGGUGGUGAGUGCCUGGCUGACCAGCCAGACCAAGACCAACUUCACAGAUCCAGUGAACUACACCUUCCAGCACAUCAUGCCAAGCAACCCCUCCGAGAAGCCCACCUGUGUCUCGUGGGAAAGCACAGCCCAGAAUGGCAGCUGGUCUCCGGCAGGAUGCAGGGUCCUGCGCUCUAACGCCACCCACACUACGUGCAACUGCGACCACGUCUCCAGCCUGGCCGUCCUCAUGGCAUGGGGGGAGAUAACGGCAGGUUUCCCUCUAUACCUCAUCUCCCACAUCGGGCUGGCCCUCUCCCUGCUGUGCCUCCUCCUCGCCAUCCUCACCUUCCUCCUGUGCCGCUCCAUCCGCAACGUCAACACCUCCAUCCACCUGCAGCUCUGCCUCUGCCUCUUCCUGGCUGACUUCCUCUUCCUCACGGCAGUGGACAGUACCAGGCAUCAGGUGGGCUGUGCUGUCAUUGCUGGCUUCCUGCACUACCUGUUCCUGGCCUGUUUCGCCUGGAUGUUCCUGGAGGCCGUGGUGCUCUUCCUCACCGUGCGCAACCUCGGGGUCGUCAACUAUUUCAGCACCCACAGCCCCAAGAUGUGGUUCCUGAGCCUCUUCGGCUACGGAUUCCCUGCCCUGGUGGUGGCUGUCUCGGCCGCCAUCAUGCCAAAGGGCUACAGCAGGGAAGAGAACUGCUGGCUCAGCAUGGAGAGGGGGUUCAUCUGGAGUUUCCUGGGGCCGGUGUGUGUCAUUGUGGGGAUCAAUUCCGUCCUUUUCACUCUUACCCUCUGGAUGCUGCAGAGAAAACUGUCCAGCCUCAACUCUGAGGUGUCCACCCUCAAAGACACCAGGCUCCUGACCUUUAAAGCCAUCGCCCAAGUCUUCAUUCUGGGCUGCACGUGGAUUUUCGGUCUCUUCCAAACCGGCCCAGCCGCCGUGGUCAUGGCGUAUUUAUUCACCAUCCUCAACAGCCUGCAGGGGGUCUUCAUCUUCCUGGUGCACUGCCUCCUCAAUCGCCAGGUGCAGGAGGAAUACAAGCGAUGGUUUACCAGCAAAUCCAAGUCCUACUCGGAGGUCUCCAUGUCUACUUUAGCCACCAGCAGCAAAGUGGGCUGACCUUUGGGCCAGGAGGCAGGAGCUGCCAUUGUGCCAUGGGAGCAGGAGGAGCUUUUUGCGGGACUUCAAUCCGCCUUCAUUAAAGCACUUGCAGCAGCAGGAUCAGAACUUCUAAACCAGCCUCCCAUCUGUCUCAGCAGGGAGUGUGAUUGUGGGUUAAAUCUGCAGGCUGGGAAGGGGUGGGGAUGAGGAUUAGAGCUGGGGGUCCCGGCCAUCAGGAUCCCCGGUUCUUCUAUCACUGUCUUGUAGGAUCUAGUGUUAAAACAGCUGCACGCCCGCCACAUUGUCAGGUUUCCUCUUUGCUUCCAUGAGGACUAGAACUGUAAGACCUGAGCUGCUUCCGGGAGCCAGAGUCCUUGUCAUGGGCCAGUAGGGUCUAUCACUUAAUCCAGCCCGGGACUGUUGCUGCUUUUCUGAGUUGUCCUUUCUCUGUAUUUAUCAUUAAUUUCCAAUCUUCCAUUCCCCUGGAAUCUGAGCAGGGUUUGCGUGUCUGUGCUAUUUCAAUACUGUAUAAUGAGUUUCACUAUGAAUGCCUGAUUUCACUUGUCUCCUGGAGUAGUUUUGUUUCUGCACCCUAAAGUUUACCGGCUCACUUGUUUCUCCUUCUAGAAGCUGGAAAUGGGGAACAAACAACCGUUCCCUGAAUCCUCACAAUGCUCUGUUUCAAUGAAGUUCCUAGAGCUACCAGAAUAGUGAU